GGCCUUGACAUCGUCAGCACAACCUCCGAAACUCGAUUCGGUGAGCUCGCUCUCUUUCGUUCGUUGCAACAAAUUUGCUCCCAUUCUGUGCUCCAUUGUCUCCACUCUCGCAAGCUUGGAUCCAUGAUUCUCGAACGCGAUCCGGCCUCGAUUCCACCGUCGCCCUUCGCCUCAAAUUCCUGAAUUCGUUACUGCCGAGGCAGCCAGUACGAUGGCAGACAUAGCAGAAGCUGAGCCCUCUCCAGGGCUUCCUGCUGAUAAUGAGGCGCCUGUUCUACCUCGAGCUGCGUCUGAAUUGUCGAAAUCUGAUCAGCAGCCUCUUACAACUGGUUCCCCGAAAGUAAAUCAGCGAUCGUUUUCCUUCCCUUACGGUGGUUCUACGAAAGGCUCAGAAGAGGGCACAGCAAAAGCCAAUCAAGCCUCAGGGUUUUCCCAAUGGGCGAGAGGAUUUCGACUACCAUCAUCUUUGGGAUCAUCCUCUGGACCAGCUUCAGGUGGGGACGCUCCUAAAUCGUCACCAUUUAGCAUGCUCACGAAAGGAUUCGGGAAGCGUGUCCCUGCACAAGCUCCUGCAGUGAAUGUCACAGCCUCGAGUGAAACAGGCGAUGAUUCAGUGAAAAAUCCUGCACCAAUUGCUGGCGUACAAGAGGGUAAUGCAUUUGACAGGUUUACCAACGGUUUUCUCGACUCAUCCAGGAAUGCUGUGAGGACAGUUCAGCUGAAAGCCAGACAUUUGGUCUCUCAAAACAAGCGGAGGUACCAGGAAGGAGGAUUCGAUUUAGACAUGGCUUACAUUACUGAAAACAUUAUUGCCAUGGGAUUUCCUGCUGGAGAUAUGAGUUCUGGUCUUCUGGGUUAUGUGGAGGGGUUUUAUCGCAAUCACAUGGAGGAGGUCUUGAAGUUUUUUGAGACUCAUCAUAAGGGUAAAUACAAAGUGUAUAAUCUUUGUUCGGAGCGGCUCUAUGAUGCUUCUCUGUUUGGUGGAAAGGUGGCAUGUUUCCCCUUCGAUGAUCACAAUUGUCCUCCAUUACAAUUAGUGGCGGCCUUUUGCCAAAGUGCAUACUCAUGGCUGAAGGGCGAUCUUGAGAAUGUGGUUGUGGUUCAUUGCAAAGCGGGUAUGGCCCGCACGGGCCUCAUGAUCACUUGCCUUCUCAUGUAUCUAAAGUUUUUUCAAUCUGCAGAAGAGUCUAUUAACUACUACAACCAGAAACGUUGUGUGGAUGGCAAGGGCCUUGUUCUUCCAAGUCAGAUUCGAUAUGUGAAUUACUUCGAGCGUGUGUUGAAAGAGUUCAAGGGAGAGACCCCUCAAGGCAGGAAGUGCAUUUUGAGAGGUAUAAGGCUGCACAAAUGUCCUUAUUGGGUGCGGCCCGGCGUCACCAUUUCUGACCACAAUGGUGUGCUCUUUUCAAGCAAGAAACAUCCUCGGACUAAAGACUUGCUGUCAGAAGAUAUUUGGUUCAAUGCACCCAGAAAAGGCGUACUUGUUUUUGCUCUUCCUGGAGAGCGAUGUGUGGCAGAUAUUAAUGGAGACUUUAAAAUACAAUUCAGUGAUCGGCAUGGUGAUUUCUACUGCUGGUUGAACACCAAUAUGAUGGAAACGAGGCAGAUACUGGAAACUUCAGAUCUCGAUGGCUUUGAAAAGAGACGACUUCCAUCGCCAGGUCUUCAAGUUGAAGUUGUCAUUUUAGACCAUGAUGCACCUAUUCCAAGGAAGAAAGCAGCUGAAGGAACAGCAAUUCAAUCUACAACUGCUGCAAAAGAAGCGUCCACAGCUUCCAUCCUCCAAGUGAAUGCAAGCACAGAGGGAAGCAAUUCAUCACAACUUGUAGAUGGAUCGGAUGAUGCAAAAGGUAAUACUGUAUCAGGCAAUGAUUCCGGUGUACAAGAGGAUACCAAAGUGGCUGUUCCUGGGGAGAUCAGUGCUGGUGAUCAUCAAGGUGGAGACUCCUCGAAGGCUGCGAAGGCAAUUGAUGCUGAGAAAGUAGAAGGAUCUCUGGGUGAAGGGAAGACGACAGCUGGGGUGGGAUCUCAGAGCGACUCGAAAGAUACUGGGGUGCUCUCCAGGCAUGAUGCAAGUCCAAGAAGCGGAGCAGUUGCACCUAGUGAUUUCAAGGCUAUUGCUGCAGCUAGUGCUGCUGAUGCGUCAGUCUUCACAUUUGGUGAUGAUGACGACUAUGACAGUGAGGAGGAACUACAGUGAACGGUUGUAUCUCUUGCUUUCGGGUUAAUUUUUGGCAUGCAUCUGGAAUAUCCAACUACAGCAGAUCAAGUAUCGACGGUGAAGAGUAAUGCUUGCCUUGAAUUGGAUGGUAGUGGAUCAUGCUUUGAAGAGGCCUUCAAACCGAAUGUAGGCUAUUGAAGGUUGGCAGAAUUGUACAAUCAAGCACACUAGCAGAUAGUAAUUUUUGCUGAGAAGAUCAGACGUUUAUGGGUGAGGCAAACAGACUGGUCUUUCACUUCAGGUAUAUAUUAAAAGACAAACGCUGUCAGCUUGUUGAGCUGAGUGAAUUUUAACAGUUCCAAGUCUCAAAAUUCCACCCUG